GGGAGACCUCAGUCUCGUUCGAACUUCGUCCCGCACUCACGGUUUCUCAUCGUUAUUCUAUGUCCUAUAUAUACACAUAUAUAUAGUGAUAUAACUAGUGAUUUAACCUAAAUCGUUACAGUUACAGUUGUAUUAAUAUAAGUAGUUAGUAUGUACCUGUAUAUGUAGUUGAGUGAUUGUUAAUUCAGUCUGGAGACAAAUAUUUUUCACUUUUUUGAUUUUUAUAAAUAAAUUAUUUUAUAAAGAAUAAGUAAGUGUCAGUCGGUCGGGUCUGAUAGAUGAGAAACGGAGCAAACUUAAAAGCUCAAUUCAAGAAAGUCGAAGCUUCGAAACGAGGAACGCGAGCAGUGACUGGGACCUGCACCAGCCAGUGGGAGCGUCUCGAUAUCCAACCCAAGGAAACUCGACUGGCCAGCAAAAGUAAAAAAGCUCCAGUAAUUUUUCGGAGCAAACUAAACAAAAAUUGGGAUAACGAAGAAAAUUUAAACUUUGAAUUAAACUCAGACUUGGAGGUUCAUUUCGAGGUAGAGGUCGGAGUAGCUUGCGGCAGAGGUGGAGGUCGUGGGUUGUUAUGGAACCAGAGUACGAAAACUCGUGAGUGGUUUGAUCGGGGUAGUGAAAUGUGGCACGAACUAGGAUGGGCUUCGACGUGACAUUGGAAAAGACAUAUAUUUAGCGAAGUAGAAUUUGGGUUUCUUUCACCGUAAUAUAUAAUAUAUAUAUAUUGAAAAUAAUUGUAAUGGUAAUUAAUAUUAUUUUGUUUUGUUAGACGUCAAUAUGUACAUAUACGUGGAUAUAUUGUAGUUGAUUAUUAUUGUAUUAGUAGUGUGUGAGUGCAGUGAUUGUUGAAGAAGAAACUGAGCUAAGAAUAAAUAAUAAAAGCGAUUUUUAUAAUAUUUAUGAUAGUGGCGGAAAGGAACACCAGUUACGAAUUUAAAUGUGUCGCUCGCGGUACAAAACGUGAUAGUGAGGGCCUCCUCGAAACGGUGGCUGCUGUUGGAGGCGACGAAGAAGAAGGUGAGGCCGAGUGCGAGCUGGCGGAGAACAAGGAUAAAUUUAAGGGAUUGCAAGGAAGGUGGAGGCGAAAGAGGAGUUAGCAAAAGGUGUGAGUGAGCUAGUGGAACUUCGACUUCUCGGAGCUCAAGGAAGUACAGAGAAAAUAGCCUGGGUCGUUGGCUUUAGAGAACGACAAAAGAGUUGGCAUUAAUUGCCAACGAUUACUAAAAAGUAAUCAUCACAAUCAUCAGCGUUUGCGGCAGCAGGUAGCACCUGGUGUGUAAAAGGCUCGAGGAUGGCGACGAUAGACGGCAGACCGGCCCAAUAUGGAGUCUCUCUCAAACAACUUAGAGAGCUCAUGGAGCACCGAGGCCGCGAGGGUGUUAAUAAAAUAAACGCCCUUGGUGGUGUCCAGGAAAUAUGCAAAAAGUUAUAUACCUCGCCGAGCGAUGGCCUCAGUGGAUCAUCGGCGGACAUGCAGCACAGGCGAGACACAUUUGGUUCCAACUCAAUACCUCCAAAACCACCUAAAACAUUUCUCACGUUAGUGUGGGAAGCUCUUCAAGAUGUCACUUUGAUAAUCCUUGAAAUAGCUGCAUUGGUUUCGUUAGGUCUUAGCUUUUAUCACCCAACCCCCAAGGCAGAAGAUGAUGAUGUUGAAUUAGAUGAAGAUGAGGCUAAAUACGGUUGGAUUGAGGGUCUUGCCAUUUUAAUCUCCGUUAUAGUAGUUGUGUUAGUUACAGCAUUUAAUGAUUACUCGAAAGAAAGGCAAUUUCGGGGCUUACAAAAUAGGAUAGAGGGUGAACAUAAAUUUGCUGUUAUUAGACAAAAUGAAGUCAAGCAAAUUUCCGUGUCUGAUAUCGUCGUGGGCGAUAUUUGUCAGAUAAAAUACGGUGAUUUGCUACCAGCGGAUGGUAUUCUAAUCCAAAGUAACGAUCUGAAAGUCGACGAGUCAAGUUUGACUGGAGAAUCGGAUCAUGUUAAAAAAGGCGAAGCCUUUGACCCGAUGGUGCUAUCAGGUACUCACGUGAUGGAGGGCUCAGGAAAGAUGCUCGUGACAGCUGUGGGUGUUAACUCACAAGCCGGUAUUAUCUUCACGUUGCUGGGCGCUGCUGUUGAUCAACAGGAGCAGGAAAUUAAGAAAAUGAAAAAAGAAGCUAAAAAGCAGCGGAAGAAGAAGUCUCUCCCAGGAGAUGAAGCUGGAGAAAUCACGGGUAACAGUCAUCCAGGAAGCGGUGGAAGUGUUAAACAAGACGGAGAAAAUCAUGCUGCCGCGUCAAGUGGCGGUGGAGGUGGUCAUGGUGAAGGAAAGAAAGAAAAAAGUGUUCUGCAAGCCAAGCUGACAAAACUUGCCAUUCAAAUUGGUUACGCUGGGUCAACAAUUGCCGUACUUACGGUUCUCAUUCUAAUCGUACAAUUUUGUGUUAAGAAAUUUUACAUUCAAAAAGCCCAAUGGGAGAGCUCAUACAUCAAUAAUCUUAUAAAACACUUGAUUAUUGGUGUUACCGUGCUUGUGGUUGCUGUACCGGAAGGUCUUCCACUUGCCGUUACGUUGUCUCUUGCCUACUCGGUCAAGAAAAUGAUGAAGGACAACAACUUGGUACGGCAUCUGGAUGCAUGUGAAACAAUGGGUAAUGCAACGGCGAUUUGUUCCGACAAAACGGGUACUUUGACGACGAAUCGUAUGACUGUUGUCCAGUCUUACAUAUGCGAGAAGCUCAGCAAAACAAUACCGCCGUUUUCUGACAUACCGAGCCACGUUGGAAAUCUUAUUGUCCAGGCAAUAUCUCUUAAUUCGGCUUAUACGUCCAGAAUAAUGCCCGCGGCAGAUCCUACCGAACUACCGAUGCAGGUCGGCAACAAAACCGAAUGUGCCUUACUUGGAUUUGUACUGGCGUUGGGCCAGAAUUAUCAAACGGUACGGGAUGACCAGCCGGAGGAAACAUUUACGCGUGUAUACACAUUUAACAGUGUAAGAAAAAGUAUGUCUACUGUUGUUCCAAAAUCAGGCGGUGGUUACAGGCUCUUCACCAAGGGUGCUUCCGAGAUCAUCAUGAAGAAAUGUGCCUUUAUUUACGGUCGCGAUGGACAUUUGGAAAAAUUCACCCGUGAAAUGCAAGAUCGUUUGGUUAAAAAUGUUAUUGAGCCGAUGGCGUGCGACGGAUUACGUACUAUUUCAGUAGCAUACCGAGAUUUUGUACCCGGUAAAGCUGAAAUAAAUCAAGUACACUGUGAAGGUGAACCUAACUGGGAGGAUGAAGAAAAUAUUGUAAAUAAUUUAACGUGUCUGUGUAUCGUUGGUAUCGAAGAUCCCGUGAGACCAGAAGUACCAGAGGCAAUAAGAAAAUGUCAAAAAGCUGGUAUAACUGUACGAAUGGUUACUGGUGACAAUAUAAAUACCGCUCGAUCAAUAGCACUCAAAUGUGGUAUUAUUAAAGCGAGUGACGAUUUUCUUAUACUUGAGGGUAAAGAGUUCAACAGGCGAAUAAGAGACAGUAAUGGUGAAGUUCAACAGCACUUACUGGAUAAAGUUUGGCCAAAAUUAAGGGUACUGGCACGUUCGUCACCCACCGAUAAGUACACCCUGGUAAAAGGUAUUAUCGACAGUACUUGUACAGCCUCACGCGAAGUUGUUGCUGUCACCGGUGACGGUACUAACGACGGUCCGGCGUUGAAAAAAGCCGACGUUGGUUUUGCGAUGGGUAUCGCUGGUACAGAUGUUGCUAAAGAAGCUUCCGAUAUUAUAUUAACAGAUGACAAUUUUUCCUCUAUUGUUAAAGCCGUAAUGUGGGGCAGGAAUGUUUACGAUAGUAUAGCUAAAUUUUUGCAAUUUCAACUGACAGUUAACAUUGUUGCUGUUAUUGUUGCAUUCAUUGGUGCUUGUGCUGUACAAGACUCGCCUCUCAAGGCUGUACAAAUGUUAUGGGUUAAUUUAAUUAUGGACACACUCGCGUCACUUGCAUUAGCCACAGAAUUACCUACACCAGAUCUGUUGCUUCGUAAACCUUAUGGACGUACGAAGCCACUUAUUUCCAGGACAAUGAUGAAAAAUAUCCUUGGUCAAGGGAUUUAUCAGUUGAUUGUUAUUUUUACGCUCCUAUUUGCCGGUGACCGAAUGCUGGAUAUACCUACUGGAUUAGGUGCUGCAGACAGACACGAUCCACCUACUCAACACUUCACUAUAAUAUUUAACACAUUCGUAAUGAUGACCCUCUUCAACGAGUUCAACGCGAGAAAAAUUCACGGUCAGCGCAAUGUCUUCCAGGGAAUAUUCACCAACCCCAUCUUCUAUUCUAUUUGGAUCGGGACAUUGCUCUCCCAAGUUAUUAUCAUCCAGUAUGGUAAGAUGGCAUUCAGCACAAAAGCUCUAGAUCUAGAACAAUGGUUAUGGUGUAUAUUCUUUGGAAUUGGUACGUUAGUGUGGGGCCAAGUAGUUACAACAGUUCCUACAAGGAAGAUUCCUAAGAUCCUCUCAUGGGGCCGCGGCCAGCCGGAUGAUAUCGGUGCUAUCAAUCUAGGAGACGAGAAAUUCGACCCAGACUCGGAUAAAAAGCCGCGCGCAGGACAAAUUCUAUGGAUCCGUGGUCUAACACGGCUACAGACUCAGCUUCGAGUAAUCCGAGCAUUCAGAUCGACCCUGGAAGACUUGGAGGAGCGUCGUUCUGUCCAUAGUUUACACAGCUUACACAGUAUGCGGAGCUCACGCAGUCACACUGGGCCCCGACCGCUCUCAGACUUCACGUACAUUGACGAUGACACGUCAAACUUUUUCGUAAACGCCAGUAAGGGUGGCAUUGGUGGUAUUAGUAGUGGUGGUGUCAGGCAUCAUUAUCACAAUAACGACCAGGAUAACGACACGAUCUCCAAGAGUGGCUCACGACUGCCGUCUAUCAACAGCCCUGCCUCGCCGCUUCUACUCAAUGUGCCGGGCUCUGGAUCCUCCUACAACAGCCAUCAUCGGCAUAACAACAAUCGCGUAUCACCCAACAAUACCCUCGAUCAUCAUAAUAAUCACUCGACAACUCUGAGCCCGAAUCACGCGACGAGCAGGAGCUUUGACUCCGGCGCCCCUAAUUCUCCCUCUUCUGGCUCUAGCGAUCCAAUCCUACCGCCAGAGCUCCCUAAAAUGGUGCACGAGACUAGUAUCUAAUUCUUUUUCUAAUUCCUUUCUUUCUUCUUACUAUUAUAAUUAUUGUUAAUAUAAGGCCUCUUUUAGAUUUUCAAGUACACUGGCUUCAAUUUUUCCUCGCUAUUCAUUUAAAAUUUAUUAUUUAUUUUAAUUCGGUCAAAUUUUAACUUU